GCAGCGGCGCGCACUCUGCCCCACCCGCCCCCCAUACAGGUGCACUCCGUGAACCGCACGCUGCGCGGGGACAGAGGUGCGUGAUGGCGCAGGGGCGUGCAAGGCAGUGGGUUUCCACGCAGCUGUGGAUCCGCGCGGGUGGUGCGUGAACUUCUGUGCGCGUGUGUCUUCUCCUCAGGUGCGCCUUCUCUGGGCUCCGCCCCUUCUCCGGACUCCGCCCCUCGCUCCUCUAGGCUCAGGUGCACCAGCCGGAAGUGCGCUCCCGUCCCAGGUACCCAGUGGCAGGUACUCCCACCCCCAAGCCGGCGACGCGCGAUGCGGUAGGAGUGGCGCGCUCCCAAAGCCCGGUGUUCGGCUCCACGACCCCGGCGCCCCAGCCCAUGGCGAUCCCGGCGCUGGGGCUGCUCCUGGCGCUCGGCCUGCCGCUGCUGCUGGCUCGCUGGGGCCGAGCUUGGGCUCAAGACAUCAGCACGCCAGCCUCUUUGGCAAAUGAGACCAGCACUGUUCCACCCACGGGUCCCAGCUCCAAUGGGGGCCUGUCUCAGGGUGCCAUUACCGCCAUCAUUGUGGUCUUCUCCAUCCUGGGGGUGCUCAUCGUGGUGGUAUUGCUGGUCCUACUGGUGCGGAAACUACAGGAGAAACGACAGACGGAGGGCACCUACCGGCCCAGCAGUGAGGAGCAGUUCUCCCAUGCGGCCGAGGCCCAGGCCCCUCAGGACUCCAAGGAGCCGGUGCGGGGCUGCCUGCCCAUCUAGGUCCCUCUUCUGUUUUUCUCCUCUUGCUGUGUGGCCUUGGGCAGGGGACCAGGGGGGACCUCUCUGGACCCUCCCCCAUCUCACUCAGUGCUUAAGCCAAUAGGUGCUU